GUAAUAAAAAUCCGAUCGAAGAAAACUUAGGACGCAACAAGUGUCUCAAUCCGGAGCCAAAUUCGUAAGAAAAUUAUUUUUAUUAGCGAUGUUCGACAGCCCGUGGGUCGUGGGCUGUGAGCGGUGGGCGAGAUGAGAACAAAGGAAUAAGUUCUCGAACGUUCCCCGGGGAAUAUCAGACGAUAUUGAUUAAUGCCCGCCGCCGCCCGGCUGCUAGACGUGGGAUGCGAUUUAAACUAAAAAUACGAAUCUAGGACAUGCAACCUGCGCAUUUUGGACCUAGGCAAAACCUGGUUCUAGAAAAUUAAGACAUCAUCGUUUGAAAGUGAAUUCUAUGAAUGUCAGAUUAAGACAAGUUUUUAGUUGUAUUAUGAAAAUAAUCAAUAAGGUCUUUAACGCAUGCGCUAAACUGAACCGAACGUAGGGUUUAUAAGGGGCGCAGGGCAUCCCCUGCUCUCAGUCGUCUACGACAUGCAUGUGGGGGCGACUGCGUUCCUGGUGGCAUGGCUCGCGGGGCUGUGCCGGGGGAACCUGGAGGGUCCGUUCCUGUUCUUCGGGCCGCGGUCCCUGGAGAAGUACAAGCGGACUGCGCUGCGGUACCUGGAGCAGGAUGAUCUGAUGCGGAUCUACGGCGAGCAGGCGGCCAUCGUGGUGUUCAACAACCAGGACCCGGUGCCGCUGUCCAGCGGGUACUUCCCGAGGCUGAGAAAGAUGCUGGAGCGCCAGAGCGUGUUAGUGCUGCCGCAGGACUUUCUCGACGUGCACCCCGACUACGUCAGCAACGAGACACAGGUGCUGACGCUGCAGGGGCCGUGGUCGGAACGCGAUGCUCAGAUGACAGAGACCUUCGCGCGGCUGCAGGAUAUAUACGGGCCGGGUCGCGUGCUCGGCGUCCUGGGCAAUUCGGUGUCGCAGAGCCAGGCGGAGUACCUGGGACCCGAGGUUACGGAGUCAGGCGAGUGGGGGGAGGUGGGCCGGGUGAAGCGUGAGGCCACGGAUGCGCCUAGGUCCACUCAGCUCGCUGCCGCCGCCGACGACGACAAGCCCGCCAAGGUGCUGCCUAAGUACGCCCUCUACAAUGCUACUGGACCGCCAGGCAAGGCAGCGUUGCUAUAUUCAUCGGGCUGGCCAGAGCUGCAGUGGGCAGAUGGCAGCGUGACCGUUUUGGACACGCCCAUUGGCGAGCCCACCAUCAAGCCCACGCGCCUCUACACCAUCCUCGUUGUGCGCUUCGCCGACGGUGACAACACAAGAGACAAGAUAACGUUGGAGUUCAGCUUCAAGCAGUCGGCGGGCUGGUGGUCUGCGGCGGGCGUGGAGGUGACGCGAGGGCGGGGCGUUGGGCUCGGCCUGCUGCCGCCCGCGCCGCCAGCAGCGCCCGCAGCAGUGCUCGGCCACGCAUACAGCUGCCCGCAGCCGCUCGUCUACGCGGCUGACAACGCAACGCUCACCUUCCCGGAUAUAAUGAUGCAACCAUUCAUGGAGAACACUCAGAAGUUUGGCGACGCUUUCGAUUGCAUCGGUUUCACUUCAGUCCCCAUAUGGUCCGGUCUGAUGGUGUCGUGCAUCAUGGUGCUCGGGCUGGCCGUGUCCAUCUGUAUGAUAAUGGACAUCAAGACGAUGGACCGCUUCGAGACCAGCCGCAGCAAACAGCUGACAAUCACCGUCAGCGAAUAAACAAUAACAAGAAAUGUAACCAUCCGCGGAUCUCAUGCAAUUUUUACCAAGUCAACAGGUUUUGUCGAAAUUUCCUUUUUGGUAAUCAAUAACAUCAUCAUGGUAUACAAACUGUCCCGUAAGGAAUCAAUAAUCUGGAUUUCAGGAUUAUUCACUCAUUAAAGGCGAUGUAAGAGAUAGCUAGGGUGCCGUGUGGCGCCGGCGUUAGAAUGUCGCCACCCCAUGUCCUCCCGCGGGUGUCGUAAGAGGCGACUGAGGGAACCUCGGGGGCCGAUCCACCGACCUUUGUAAGUCGCGCUGACGUCGACGAGGUGUGUCCCGAGGGACGCGUCCGUCGCUUGCUUCGCGCCGCACGCACUCGGCCUCGCGGCUGCCAGGGGGCGCGACUGGCUCCUCGCGAUGUCACGUUGCACCUCGCGAGCCGCGCCUCACCUAUCGUGGACGAGCGGCGAGCGCCGUUGUCUCAGGCCGCACGCAUCGCCGAAGUCAGCGCGGUCGAGGUCCAGCCCCCAAUCCCGUGCUGAUGUGGGAUUUAAAAAGAAUGCAACAGCUGCUUAUCCUCCCGGGCAAGCCGUAAGAGGCGGCAGAGGGAUGUAUAUAUGCUACCGAACAUCAUGGGGAGAUUUGAAUAGGCUCAUCUACUAUUUUGUGCGUGUUCAGGUCCGACUAUUUGUAAGUCUUAGGUUAGCCAGAUGGGGUCCUGGAAGACGUAGCUUUCCGGGACCAGGUCUGGGCACGUAGGUUAAGCAAAAGAGAAUAUUACGCACUGCACUACGCUGGUAACAUGGCAUCGUGGCCGUUUGUGGGGAUUUGCAGUAGUCGUGUCCAGUCGUUUGGCCCGGCGGGCCGGCAGUCGCGAGCGCGCGCUCCCGCCGCCUUG